UAUAAAAAAUUUUGUCUAACCAAACAGACUCUAAAAGUUUCAAAAGAUAUAUAAAAGAAUCGUAAUUAAAUGGCCCUUUUUUAUUUUUAGAUUGUGAUUGUCAUUCAAGUUGAAAACUGAUUUUUGGAUAUUUCAUUGAGAAAAAGUCGUCUAACAUAUCCAUCAAUCACUCUCUCUCUCUCUCUCUCUCUUAAAAUUUUCCAACAUAAACCCCAACAACAGGAUAAAUAAAAAAUUAUCCCCACUAAAAAAAAUUCCAAUUCUUACCCUGCAUUGAGGUCAACUAAUAAAGUUAAUUGAUAAUUGCCAGCCUGGCUAGCAUGUCUCAGAAGAAUAUAUAUCUGUGUGUGUGUGCGCGCGCCCACACACACAUAGAGAUCAAAGAAAUAUUAAAGUGGAACUCAAAAAAAAACAAAACACUCUAGUCGGGCAUAUGAUGAUGACUAGGACAAUCACAUGUUCCAAAAUAAUAAGACAAAUUAAAUAAAUAAAAAAUCUCAAAAUAUAGAGUCACACCACGUGGCAUCAUUAAAUCCGUAAACUUAGACAUCAUACCACGUGUCACAAAUUGACCGAUUAAUCAAAGUCGACUCUGGUUGUUCCGCUUACAAGGACACUUUCCCUGUGGAUCCCACCAUUGGUUUUUUUUUAAUAACCUCGCACCAAUGGUUCUUUUCUUACCUUCCUUUUUCUGCCCUUUUAUUAUUUGACACUUCCCCUUUUUUCUCACUCGACCUUUUUAUUCUCUCCCCUCUCUCUCUUCAUCAGUGACAAGAACAAAUUCAAAUUUUAAGUGGAGUGAUCAAUCAAUUUCUUGGGGUAUUUUGCUAAUUACAGCCAUACCCAAAUACUUGUUGUUCCUGCACAGAUUACAUAUAUCCCUUGUUCAUUGAUCUCUAAGGGAGUUGUUUGAUCGCUGCUAUGGGAGCCCAAGAAGCCUCCUCAAGUCGAUGUUCUUAUCAUGCAUUCUUGAGUUUCAGAGGUGAUGACACGCGGAAUACAUUUACUGAUCACCUUUAUACAGCUCUACUACAUGCAGGAAUACGCACAUUUAGGGACGAUGAUGCACUGGAGAGAGGACAAAAUAUCGCCCUAGAACUAAAUAAGGCAAUCCAAGAGUCGAGGAUUUCAAUAAUUGUCUUCUCAAAAAACUAUGCAUCUUCAAGAUGGUGUCUUGAUGAGCUCUUGAAUAUCCUUGGGCACAACAAGACUGUUGGUCAUAUGAUUCUGCCAGUCUUCUAUCAUGUGGAUCCGUCCCAUGUAAGAAAGCAGACAGGGAGUUUUGCAGAUGCAUUUGCCAUACAUGAAGAGCGAUUUAAGAUGGAGACAGAAGAAAGAAAAGAGGCGGGGUUGGACAAGAUAAAGAGGUGGAAGGAAGCUCUGAAAGAAGUUGCAGAUAUGGCAGGGAUGGUUUUAAGAGAUGGGCAAGAGUCACGUUUUAUUCAAAAAAUUGUUGGAGAGAUUGGAAAUAAGUUGAAUCGCACAGUUUUGAGUGUUGGUCCAUACCCAAUUGGAAUAGAUUCUCGUGUAAAAGACAUUAAUUCGUGGGUACAAGAUGGAUCAACGGAUGUUGGCAUAGUGACAAUCUGUGGAAUGGGGGGAAUUGGGAAGACCACCAUUGCCAAAACUGUGUACAACCUAAACUUCGACAGAUUUGAAGGUAGCAGCUUCCUUGCAAAUAUUAGAGAAAUAUCAGAACAGCCCAAUGGUUUGGUUAGUUUACAGAAACGACUUCUUUCAGAUAUUGUAAAGGGGAGAAAAGAAAAAAUUAGCUGUGUUGAUGAAGGAAUCAUUAAGAUUAGAGAUGCUCUUUGCUGUAAAAGAGUUUUAGUUGUUCUUGAUGAUGUAGAUCAAUUAGACCAAUUAAAUGCAGUACUCAUUAUGCGAGAUUGGUUUUAUCCAGGAAGUAAAAUUGUCAUAACCACUAGACAUGAGCAACUACUCAAGGCACAUGAACGGUAUAAGAUGCACAAAGUUAAGGAACUAAACGAGAAUGAAUCAUUUCAGCUCUUCUGUUGGCAUGCCUUUGGACAAGACCAUCCCAUUGAAGUUUACUUGGAGUACUCAAAAAGGAUUGUACGCUACUGUGGAGGGCUUCCUUUAGCUCUUCAAGUGUUGGGUUCUUCUCUAUCUGGCAGACCUGUAGAUGUGUGGGAAGGUACAUUAAAGAAAUUGGAAGUUAUUCCUGACAGUCAGAUCCUAAAAAAACUUAAAAUAAGUUUUGAUUCCUUACAAGAUGACCACGAGAGAAAUUUAUUCCUCGACAUUUCUUGUUUCUUUGUUAGAAAGGAUAAAGAAUUCACAAUUGCAAUACUAGAUGAGUGUGGUUUCUACACAAAAGUUGGGAUUCACAAUCUCAUUGAUAGAUGUCUCAUAACUAUCGAUGAAUAUAACAAGCUGACAAUGCAUCAGUUGCUUCGGGACAUGGGGAGAGAAAUCAUACGCCAAGAAUCACCCAAGGAGCCUGGGAAACGCAGCAGAUUGUGGCAUCACAAGGACGCCUUUAGCAUAUUAAAUGACAAAACUGGAACAGAUUCCAUUGAAGGCCUCAUCCUCAACUUGAAUGCGUCUAAGGAAGAUAGGUCCAUUGAGAAAUUCUUUGGUUUAAAUAAUGCAAAAAGACACCAUUCAGAGGAUUUUCUUGACAAACCUACAUUACUUUCCGAAAACAAUUCAUUGAAGCGGCGUCGUCUAGGCUUCUUCUCUGGGCUCUCCUCAAUUAGAUCGCAUUCCAUAUCAAAUGAAGUAGAUUUUCAAAUUGAUGCAUUUUCAAGGAUGCAGAGGUUAAGACUACUGCAGCUGAAUAAUGCAAGGGUUAGAGGAGACUAUGAAGAAUUCCCUAGUAAGUUAAGAUGGUUGUGUUGGCGUGGGUUCCCUUUAGAAUCUAUACCCAGUGGCCUUCAUCUGGAGUGUGUGGUUGCCCUUGACAUGCGCAAUAGCAACUUGAAACAAGCUUGGACUGGAUACAAGUUACUCAGAUCGUUGAAAAUCCUCAAUCUCAGUCAUUCCCAUGGUCUUACCAAUACUCCUGACUUCUCACAAGUCCCCAAUCUUGAAAAAUUGAUUCUUAAAAAUUGCAAAAAUUUGAUUGAGAUUCAUGAAUCAAUCGGGGAAUUAGGGCGACUAGUUCUUUUGAAUCUAAAAGGUUGUGAAAAUCUUGGGAAGCUUCCAUUGAAAAUUGGCCAGCUAAAAUCUCUUGAAAUACUCAUUCUCUCUGGUUGUUUAAAGCUCGAGAAGUUGCCUACGGAGCUAAGCAAGAUGGAAUCUUUGAAAAUACUCCAUGCUGAUGGGGUUGCCAUAAGUCAAUCACCCUCCAUGACUACUGCGGUUAGAUCAUGGCCUUCACACUUCCGGGAUUGGCUUUUGGGACCAAGAAGAAGUCCAGAAUCUAUCAGCUUUUCAUUGUAUUCUUUACCACGCUUAUUAUCAAGCUUGAGUCUUGUUGGCUGCAACCUAUCAAAUGAUGCUAUUCCAAAUGAUCUUGGCAGCCUAUCCCUGUUGCAGGACUUGGAUCUAAGUGAAAAUCCAAUCUGUAGCCUUCCAGAGAGCAUCAAGUGUCUCACUCUGCUGGAGGUUCUUGAUCUAGAGAAGUGCACAAAACUCCAGUUUCUUCCGGAGCUUCCAAUGAGUUUAAGGGAAUUGUAUUUAUUAAGAUGCAGGUCACUGGAAACAAUAACAAAUCUACCAAACCUGUUGGGUUCACUGCAUUUGUUGAUGAAUUACUCUGACAAUCUAACUGAGGUUCGGGGGUUGUUCAAGUUAGAACCCAUUGGAAACUUUGAUGAAGUAAUGAUCAGCAAUUUGGGCUUGUCCGACAUGGAAUUCCUGAGAAAUAUUGAAGUGUCUCUGUGGAAUAACAUGACUAGAACUAAAAUAAAAGGUCCCCUCCAGGGACUGUAUGAAUUGGGUAUAUUUAGCACUUUUCUCCCUGGUAGUGAAGUUCCAGGCUGCUUCAGCAUAAAGUGCAUGGGAUCUUCAAUAUGUUUCAAGGUACCUUCAUUUCCUAAUAUCAAGAUCCAAGGCUUGAAUGUAUGUGUUGUCUAUGCACAAAUUGAUGGACAUUCUGGUAAUUCAAGAAAUGUUUAUUGGAGAAAUGCUCAUUGGACCGAGUGUUGCAUGAUUGAAGUGAGUAAUAGGACAAAGGAUCUGAAGUGGAUAUACAGCCCAACAUUCAUGGGCAUUUCAGAUGACCUGAAGGAGAUGGUAUGGUUAAGCCAUUGGAAUUUUGUGAAUCAAUUCAUGGAAGCUGGCGAUGAAGUGAAUGUUUCAGUGCUUUUUGAGGAAGAUGAAGUGAACCUUAAGCUAAAGGAGUUUGGAAUCCAUGUUGUGAUUGGGGAAGAACAGAAGGGUACCCCAUACCUCACCUAUCCUUUUUGUCAAAAUGUUAAUAACGUAGAUUUGUCGGUGUAUCAGGUGAGGACAGGUUUGUACUUCCUUUGUCAUUAUAAUUAUCACCUCCAUCGAAGCUUUCCGGAUGACAGCAAUUAUGAUUGGACUACUUUGUAUAACUUCUUAUCUGGCGAUGUGGAGGAGCAGCAAUGAUGAUUGCUGAGGAUGACCAGACAGUAACACCUCUAUAUCAAUUUUUUUUUUGAUU